CGAGUAACAUGUAGUACAAGACACAAGACUAGAUGGAAAUUUUCUGUAUAUACCCUACCUUGUAUUGUAGUUCAUCGUAUCCUUAGCCUUUGGAUAUGUGUCACUUUCUUUUUUGGUGUCCAAGUUAACCAAGUUAAUCUCUAUAAUUGUGCUUUCCCAUGUCAUACAAGGUGAUUUGGUGACAUUUGCAUUGCAAUGUGCCAUUAAUUAAGAAGAAGGAAUAAAGAAUCACCAUUUCAGACUCCAUUUCAGAACAAGAGCCAUGAAGCAAAACAUGCCACCCCCACAACCACCACCAACAACAUCAAUAAAAAGUUUACUAAUGCUCCAGAACAGAUUAAAGCCAACAAGAUUCAGAACUUCUUCCAAUUUCACCGAGCCUCCAAAGACACCACCAGAGGUUGUCAAUGGGGUGGUGUUAUCAUCAUCAUCAUCAUCAUUAUCAUCAAGAAGAGCUAAGUCUGUAACCCCGGAAUCGAAGAACAAUUCAAGGGCCAAAAGGGGUCUUGUGAUGAUGAACAAGUCCAAACCCAAUGAGGAGGUUGAGGGAACCCAAAAGUGCAGGGAAGUUGAAGAGGCUAAGGUUGCGGCUCAAUAUGCGAGUCGUCAUUCCGUGGAACAGCUUGCUCGGCCUAAGAGAGGGGUUGGAGAUUUUGUUUUGAAGAUGAACAGAGAGGAAAUUCAUGGGAAGAAGGAAUUGCUAGAGAAGCUUGAGGUGAGGGAGAGUUUGAUCAAGAAUUUGCAGUCUGAAGUGCUUGCAUUGAAAGCUGAGUUGGGUAAAGUUAAGAGCUUGAAUGUGGAGUUGGACUCUCACAACAGAAAACUCAUUCAGAAUCUUGCUGCAGCUGAAGCUAAGGUGGCUACUAUUGGUAGCUGUGAAAAGGAGCCAAUUGGAGAACAUGAGAGCUCCAAAUUUAAACAUAUACAGAAACUCAUUGCUGACAAAUUGGAAAAGUCCAAGUUGAAAAAGGAAGCCAUUACUGAAAGUUGCAUUGUUAAAGAACCAGUUCCAGCACCAAAAGCAGUUCUUGCCAUUCCUGGUGCUACAUCUUCAAGAAUAGGAACAAAUCCUACACCGAAUUCAUGCAUGCCACCACCACCUCCACCACCAAUACCGCCCUCAAUCCCUUCAAGGCCUAUCGCGAAAGCAACUAGCACACAAAAGGCCCCUUCAUUUGAAAAAUUGUUUCACUUGUUGAAGAAUCAAGAAGGGAUGAAAGACACCAAUGGAUCAGUUAAACAGCAGAAACCAGUAGCUGUCAGUGUACAUAGUAGCAUUGUUGGAGAGAUUCAAAACCGUUCAGCUCAUCUUUUAUCUAUAAGGGCAGACAUUGAAACAAAAGGAGAGUUCAUUAAUGGACUUAUAAAGAAGGUGGUAGAAGCAGCAUACACGGAUAUUGAAGAUGUCUUAAAUUUUGUUAAUUGGCUUGAUGGUGAACUCUCAUCAUUGGCUGAUGAGCGCGCAGUUUUGAAGCAUUUUAGUUGGCCUGAGAAAAAAGCCGAUGCCAUGCGCGAAGCGGCAGUCGAGUACCGCGAGCUCAAACUGUUAGAACAAGAUAUUUCCUCCUACAAGGAUGACCCUGAAAUUUCAUGUGGAGCUUCCUUGAGAAAGAUGGCUAGCCUAUUAGACAAAUCUGAAUACAGCAUACAGAGGCUAGUCAAAUUGCGAAAUUCUGUGAUGCGUUCAUAUCAAGAGUACAAAAUACCAACUGCUUGGAUGCUUGAUUCAGGAAUGGUUACCAAGAUAAAACAUGCAUCUAUGAAUCUAGUAAAGGUGUACAUUAAAAGAGUGACAAUGGAGCUUGGAUCGGCUCGGAACUCAGGCAGACAAUCCAGUCAAGAAUCCCUUCUGCUUCAGGGCAUGCAUUUUGCAUAUAGAGCUCAUCAGUUUGCUGGAGGUCUGGAUGCAGAAACUCUGUGUGCUUUUGAAGAGAUAAGGAAAAGUGUACAAGGACACUUAGCAGGUUCUAGAGAACUUUUGUCUGGCAUAGCAUCAUCAUGAGAACUGAGAAGCCCCUGAUAUAUGUUAUGCUAAUCUUAAUGGUUAGAAGAAAUAUGAAUGAACAUCAAUAUAUUCUGAAGAAAGAACAUUCCAUAAA